UCGACCCACAACAAAAGUCAAUUCGAAUUGUAGUCAAAUUUUCUAAUGGCAAAAUAGAGGAAAUAGGUUAAAGCAUUUGAAGAAUAUUUAUGGUGGAGACUGAUGCGAGCUUAACUAAAUCCCACGAUGGGUAAUAGUACAUCUUUUCCAACAAAGAAAUCGCGCAGUACGAGAACUCUGUGCUCUCUGUCUCAAUGUGAUCAUGACAUCCAUGCAAAGAAAAAACAUAAUUUGGGUACAAUUGCUCGAAUAGCGGAGGCAAAAACUAAAUUCAUCAACACAAAUUCGAGAAAGGAAGCAAUGCAAGGCUCAAAACAGGUUAAUGGAACGAACUUUAUCAAGGAGUUAUAUCAUAGACUGGACCCCAGCAUAGCGCUACCAAAUGGAGUAGAUAUCACUGGUGAAAUCCAGGUCGCAUUGAAAUACAACAGUGACGCAAAACUUUUGCUAAUCAAAGUUAUCCAGGCUAGAGAUUUGGUUCCAAGAAAUCUCACUGGCUUCUCCGAUCCUUAUGCAGCUGUUAAAAUAGUGCCUGACAGAUACAAUGAAGGAGUGAAAUCGACAAGAAGAAAGCUACGGACUGUCAAUCCGAUUUUCCAAGAAAUAUUUUCAUUCACAUCGGAAGAAACUGAGUUGCAAGAAACAAAAGUUUGCAUUGAUUUGUUCGACCAUGACUUGGUUGGCUCAGAUGAUUUUUUGGGAGAAGCUGUAAUCGACAUAUCAAAGAUGAAUUUGUCAAAUGAACUCACGUAUUCGGAGUGGUUUAUGUUACAACAUCAGACCAACUUCUCCGUUACUGGUGACGUUGAUGUUUCUCUUUACCACGAUGCUGACAUCCUUUUUGUGACAAUUCACAAGGCAACAGAUCUUUUGGACUGUGCUUUGAAAGAUUGUUCUACACUUGUGUCAAUUCACAUUCCGUUCACAAAUCAGAGCAAGAUGUCGAAGAUUGCUGAUGGUUGCAUCAAUCCCCAAUUUGAAGAAACAUUUGAAUUUGAUAUGUGUGCAAACGAGGUUCCAUUCAGAAGUAUCAUUGUGAACAUCUAUCGCAUUUCUCAAUCGGAGGAAAAACCUAUUGGAAGCAUUAAUAUCAAUCUAAAAAGAUACAAAACAGGCCAAAGAUGUAGAAAUUGGUACCGUGUUACUGACAUGAAAAACACAGGUCGACAGAGGACACUCCUGGGGGAAAGUAUUGUCACCCAAGAAUUCCGUGAAGCAAUGUUUGCUCACAGUUUUUACCAUUGCCCCUCCUUUAUGUUUCGAAACGACAGGUCUGGAAAAAAGGUGUAUUCCGUUUCAUGCCGGCAAGCAUCUUCGUCCUCGAAAGUCAUACUCGUCAACGGCUUCCCACUUCGAUGAAAAUUUUAAGGUAGAGAAAGCAAUAUUUCUGGUUAUUUUCCAAAUGUUUGUUUGCUUUUUCAUCAUAGCUCAUAGUUGACAGGUUUCAGUCGUUUGGCAUGUAGCUAGAUCAUCUUUGAUUUAUAUCCUCAAGACUUCAAUGUAAAAUAUAUUUAGCAUUGCAUGCAAUCUGUAGCUAAAAAGUUGCAUCUCCUGAUUCUGAACAGCAUUGGAUUCACGCGACAGUUUAAUAUUAGUUUCUAUAUCAGUGAAGAUUGAAGACUGUGCAAAUGUGCAUCAUUGCAUUAAUUAAAAUAAUUAAUUGCUGUAUGAAUUUAAAACGAUCAGUAAUAAAACCAUUGAAUAAAACCGA